GUGGUUAACCUGUAUAAACUGAAACUGUCAACACGGAUUUGGAAUCGGUCGACAAUCUACAGUCAGCAGUUUUCAUUUUGUUGUAAUCUUAACAGUAAUUCACUACAAUUGUUCUAAAAUGCUCGGUUUGGAAUAUUUUCCUGAAUAUGAAGUUCCUGGAGUGCGCCAGGUUCAAUUUUAUCCAUAUGAGUCGAAUGGAGGGAGUGUCGUCGCUAUCGCCGGAGACGAUUUUGCCGUAAUCGGUGCUGACACUCGUUUGAGCUCUGGUUAUUCUAUUCAUACGAGAACGCAGAACAAGCUAUUCCGGCUGUCGGGUGGAACAGUACUUGCUUCAACCGGGUGUUGGUGUGAUACCUUAGCCCUGACCAGCUUGGUCAAAGUGCGUAUGCAGAUGUACAAAGAUCAGCACCAGAAAAACAUGUCUACACCGGCGGUGGCCCAAAUGCUAUCAAUUCUUAUGUACAAUCGACGAUUUUUCCCGUAUUACGUGUCAAACGUUCUAGCCGGACUGGAUGAGGAUGGGAAAGGUGUAGUUUAUAGCUACGACCCCAUUGGGCAUUGUGAAAAAACAACCUAUCGAGCUGGAGGAUCGGCUGGACCACUACUACAGCCAGUGCUUGAUAAUCAGAUUGGGCUCAAAAACAUGGUUGAUGUGCAACCGACACCCGUUCAGCUUGAAAAAGCUGUUUCAAUUAUAAAGGAUACAUUUAUUUCGGCAACCGAAAGGGAUAUCUAUACCGGGGAUUCGGUUGUUAUAAAUAUUAUUACAAAGAACGGCAUCAAAGAAGAGAUAGUUCAGUUACGAAAAGAUUAAACUUGUGUAACCCAUUUCGUUCAAAUCGAUCCUUUUUCAAAUAAAUAUGCAUUAUUAACAAAAA